ACCUUCUAUGCCAAAAUGCUUGAUCAUGAAUACACAACCAAGGAGAUCUUCCAGAACAACUUCUUCAAUGACUGGAGGAAGGAGAUGACCUCAGAGGAGCAGAAUAUAAUCAAGGAGCUGGAGAAGUGUGACUUUAGGGAGAUCCACAAGUACUUUGUGGACAAAAAUGAGGCACGGAAAGCACUCUCCAAAGAGGAGAAGCAGAAACUGAAAGAGGAGGCAGAUAAGAUCCAGGAGGAGUAUGGGUACUGCAUCCUUGAUGGGCACCGGGAGAAGAUAGGCAACUUCAAAACUGAGCCACCAGGGCUUUUCCGUGGCCGUGGUGACCACCCGAAAAUGGGCAUGCUGAAGAAGAGGAUUAUGCCAGAAGAUGUUGUCAUCAACUGCAGCAAGGACUCCAAGAUCCCUGAGCCACCAGAAGGACACAAGUGGAAGGAGGUGCGUUUUGACAACACGGUCACCUGGCUGGCCUCAUGGACAGAAAACAUCCAGAACUCCUUGAAGUACAUCAUGCUGAACCCCAGCUCCAAGUUGAAGGGGGAGAAGGACUGGCAGAAGUAUGAGGUAGCCCGGCGAUUAAAGGAUGUUGUCCAUAGAAUCCGUGCUCAGUACCAAGCCGACUGGAAGUCCAAGGAGAUGCAGAAGCGGCAAAGAGCAGUGGCCCUCUACUUCAUUGACAAGCUGGCCCUGCGAGCUGGCAACGAGAAGGAGGAAGGGGAGACUGCAGACACAGUUGGCUGCUGCUCCCUGCGUGUGGAGCACAUCAAACUGCACCCCAAUUUGGAUGGGCUGAAGCACGUGGUGGAGUUUGACUUCCUUGGGAAAGACUCCAUCCGUUACUACAACAAAGUGUCAGUGGAGAAGCCGGUGUUCAAGAACCUGCAGCUGUUCAUGAACAACAAGGACCCAGCAGAUGACCUCUUUGACAGGCUCAAUACAAGCAUCUUGAACAAACACCUCCAGAAGUUAAUGGAUGGUUUGACUGCCAAAGUGUUCAGGACCUAUAAUGCCUCCAUCACCUUGCAGGAGCAGCUCAAGGCACUCACUAACUCUGAAGGCAAUGUUGCAGAAAAGCUCCUCGCCUACAACAGAGCCAACCGAGCCGUGGCCAUCCUGUGCAACCAUCAGAGGUCUACACCAAAAACUUUUGAGAAAUCAAUGCAAAUCCUUCAAACUAAGAUUGAUGCCAAGAAGAAACAGGUGGAAGAAGCUCAGCAAGAGCUGAAAAAAGCUGAAGAUGAGUUUGAAGAGACAAAAGAUGCCAAAGCAGAAGUCAAUGUGGAGAAGAAAAAGAAGCUGUUGAUGAGGUUGGAAGAGCAGUUGGCCAAGUUGAAUGUCCAGGCCACAGAUAAGGAGGAGAACAAACAGAUUGCUCUGGGCACAUCCAAGCUGAAUUACCUGGACCCCAGGAUCAGCAUAGCUUGGUGCAAGAAGUUCGGUGUGCCCAUCGAGAAGAUCUACAACAAGACCCAGAGGGAGAAGUUUGCCUGGGCCAUCGACAUGGCUGAUGAGGACUUUGAAUUCUGA